CAAGACUCUUUUCACUCAAGUCAGCUAUUUGAACACGAUGACAUCUCCAAAGUUUGUUUUAUAUCUGACAUGUUUGUUCUUGUGCAAAGCGGCUCUGAUGGCUAAUCUAUCCUCAUCUAUUCGUCAAGAGAAAGAUUUUAUAGCAGCUUCUGUUGGUGAAAGUAUAAUUUUGGAAUGUUCCUAUGACAGUAAUGUGGUAGCUAGGUAUUACUGGUAUAAGCAAACUUUGGGGCAGAAACCAAGGCUCAUCUCUAGUUUCUACUCAUAUGAUAAAAAUGGCACUUUUUAUAAUGAAUGCAAGAACAAUCCACGCUUCACACUGGAGACUGGAAAUGGUAAAAAUCACUUGAGGAUCUCAGAUUUACGCACGUCAGAUUCAGCGACUUAUUACUGCGCAAAUAGCUUUUCAAUAACAUUUGAAUUUGCAGAGGGCACUUCUGUCAGUGUAAAGGAAUCAGGCUUGAACAUCCAGGCUCUGGUCCAUCAGUCAGAAUCUGAGACCAUCCAGCCAGGAGGCUCUGUGACUCUCAACUGUACAGUACACACUGAGACCUGUGAUGGAGAACACAGUGUUUACUGGUUCAAAAGCUCUGAAGAAUCUCAUCCAGGACUCAUUUACACCCAUGGAGACAGGAAUGAUCAGUGUGAGAGGAAACCCAACACACAAACACACACCUGUGUCUACAACUUGCCAAUGAAAAACCUGAGUCUUUCUCAUGCUGGGACCUACUACUGUGCUGUUGCCUCAUGUGGACACAUACUGUUUGGAAAUGGGACUAAGCUGGAUAUUGAAGAUGAGAACUCUCUCGUCUUGGUGUAUGUCUUGAGCAGCGCCUUGGCAUUCACCAUCAUCCUGAGUGUUUUACUGACUUUCUUACUGUACAUAAGAAAGAGAAACAGCUGCCAGUGUACAGGUAAAUUGUGGAGUUUGUAUCUGCAGUGUGUAAUUACUGAAUACACCAUUAUAGAAAUUUUCCACUGUUUUUCAGAAUCUCAAGCAAGAUUUACAGCCUCCUCCACAACAAAUGCAGAGAGUUGUAAAAAUGAAGAAAACCUCCAUUACGCUGCUUUAAGGGUAAAAAAGGCUGACAGAUCUAGAAGACUGAGGGAUGACACACAGGAGGGAUGUGUGUAUUCCAGUGUAAAGCACAUGACAUGACUUCAAUUCUGUUGCCUUCUGUCUAAUUUCACAUGUAAUUUUACCAAAUGAUUGAUGCAAAGCUUAACCUUGCCAUAAACUAAUUAAAGAACCUCCUCCAAUGACAAGAUAUAAA